AUGGGUUGCUGCCCCACGGACUGCUUCACUUGCUGCGGUCAGCAGGGCCAGGUGGACUGUUGCGAGACGUGCUGCUGCCAGCCGACCUGCUGCGGGUCGAGCUGCGGAAGCGGUGGCAGUUGCUGUGGAUCUAGCUGCUGUGGAUCUGGUUGUGGGGGAGGCGGCUGUGGAGGCUGCGGAGGCUGCGGGGGCUGCGGAGGUGGCUGCGGAGGCGGCUGUUGCGGCUGUUGCGGCUGCUGUGGCAGCUGCUGUGGCUCCGGAGGUGGCUGCUGCGGACCCGUGUGCUGCCAGCCCACCCCGGUGUGCACGACCAAAUGA